GCGGCGUUGGUGAGUGACAUUCGGGAACUGAAGAAGGACCGUAGGAAGAAUGCGGAUGCGAUUGAGGGGAUCGUACGUGCGAUGAACGGGCGCGCCGACGCGUUGGCGGCAGCGCAGCUGGACCGUGGCUUCUUGGACCCCGAACCGGCAGGCGUACCUCUGGAGAUUCUGUCGCUUGACGCGGAUGACGCAUUCCACGCGGCGGAGACCGAGCGUGCGCGACUUAAGUUGAGCGACCCCCGGCGCAACGCGGGGAAAAUUAAAGAGCUCGAAGACGACAUGAACGCUCGGGCGCACGUGCUUGCAGGUGAGCUCAAGGAGAAGGAGCGAGAAAUAUUUCUCGACCCGCAACCGGGGGGUGUGCCGGUGUCUGAGCUGCCGCUGGAUUCGGACGAGUCUUUCCACACGAUGGAGGUGGAGCGCCUGCGUCUUCGCAACGAAGAUCCGCGCGGCAAUGCGGCAAAAAUCAAGGACCUGGAGGGUCAGCUGAACGAGCGUGCGUUGGAUGUUGCCCGCGCGGUGAAGGAGGAGGACCUUGAGGCCCUGGAGUCGGCCCCACGCGGAAUUCCGCUGGCGCUUUUGCGUCCACACGACGAUGAGGCGUUUGCGUCCCUGGCGAAGGAGGCGCGUGGUGCCGGGAGGAAGUCCGGGGGUCCGUCGCCACACGCUGCCGCCGACGCACUGAACGAGCGGGCGCGGGAGCUUGCUGAUCAGGUCCUGAGGGGUGACCGCGGCUUCCUUGACCGCGAGCCCGAGGGGGUGCCUCUGAGCAUGCUGCCGUUGGACACGGACCGCGGGUUCCACGAGAUGGAGGUUGAGCGUGCGGUGCUGAAGCUGACUGACCCGAAGAAGAACGCCGACAAGAUCGCCGCCCUCGAGGACCGCCUCACCGACCGCGCACACGAGCUUGCGCAUGAGCGCCUGAGCGGGGACCGCGGCUUCCUCAACCCCGGGCCGGAGGGCGUUCCGUUGGAGAUCCUCCCGCUUGACGAGGACCCCAAGUUCCACCAGAUGGAGGCGGAGCGUGCGAAGCUGAAGGCGCAGGACCCUCGGCGCAACGAACGCAAGGUGGCCGACCUGGAAAACGCAAUGAACGACCGUUGUCACGAGCUUGCCUGCGAUCAACUGCGUGAGGACUUGGCUGGUGUGGACAAGGAGCCCCGUGACAUCCCUCUCGAACUGCUGCACCCUCACGGUGAUCCGGCCUUUGCGGCGUUGGUGAGUGACAUUCGGGAACUGAAGAAGGACCGUAGGAAGAAUGCGGAUGCGAUUGAGGGGAUCGUACGUGCGAUGAACGGGCGCGCCGACGCGUUGGCGGCAGCGCAGCUGGACCGUGGCUUCUUGGACCCCGAACCGGCAGGCGUACCUCUGGAGAUUCUGUCGCUUGACGCGGAUGACGCAUUCCACGCGGCGGA